AUGUCGGCGCCGAGGAGCUGCCCGGAGCGUCGACGAAACCUGCUGAAAAUAGGGACAUUAUGGAAGAGGUGUCGAAGACUCAUGAGGCCAUGCAAAGAAUUGCUAGACAAACUAAGUGUCUCAUUAACUGGUGAGGAGCUUGAGAUUAUUGGCAAGCUCUACCAGCAAGCUAUGAAACUGGAAGUGCAGUUCUUUUCUCCUCAGCUUGUAGACCAACCUGUUGUAGCUCCACUUUCAAGAUUUAAUGCUUGUAGACCAGCAAGCCUACUUCCUCCAGAAGAAUCAAAGUCACUAGAAUAUAAUAAACUGUAUGAAGGAAUGGAGGUGCUAGCUGAUUUUGAGAAGCUUGCAAAUUCUAGGGUUGUCGACUCUGGUGUCUUGAGGGGUGAAUAA